UCUCACUGCAGUGUGCCCCUACUCCCAAAGUACUGCUAUUGCAGGAAAGAAGUGUGACAGGCUGGAGAUGGAGGAUGAGGAAGGUUACACUGCUUUAAAUUUACGACCCACAGCUUCAGUUAUUACUCCUGGAUACUUGAGCAGCAAGAAAUGUUCUGCAUUUAAGGCUCCAGCCAGUUGUGUUACAGUAGACAGAGCCUCUGCCACAUCUCCUAUAUGGCAACCAGUGGCCUUUACUUUCCUCGCUUUGUGCCUGGUGCUGCUGAUAGGGCUGGUAGCCCUGCUGGCCUUGUUUUUUCAGAUUUCCAAAGAUCCUGAGGAAGGAAAAAAGCUGCAGGAAAUGAGGGAAGCAUUGUGUUUUGAAAGGAAGGAGAAAAAUGAAACAAGCUGUGCUCUCUGUCCAGCAAGCUGGCAAAACAGCGGAGCUGACAACUGCUUCUACAUUUCAAAGCAGAAGAAAACAUGGAAGCAAAGCCAGGAGUUCUGUUCCUCAAGAAACUCCACUCUUCUUGUACUAAAAGACAAAGCAAAGAUGAUUUCUCUGCCACAGGAUUCACAGUUUUACUGGGUUGGAUUAUCAUACAUAUCCGAAAGGAACAGUUGGUACUGGGAGGAUGGAACAUCUUUUUCAAAAGAAGUGACAAAUUGGGUUGUGUUAUAUGACAACUUCUUCUGUGCCUCCCUAUACGGACAGUUUAUUUAUGCCAGCCACUCCUGUUCAACAAAGCAAUUAUGGAUCUGUGAGAAAGGGGCUGUUCAUUUCACCUGAAGAAGCAUUGCAAGAAGGGAUGUGGGAUUUGCCACUGUGAGAUACCAACAUUAGGAACUGCAAGUUUUAGAUAUAUUUUUGUUUGUUUGUCAUGCAAUUUUCUCAGAAUCGUGACACAAAUGGACAGGUCAUUAGGGACUAAAUCUUCUUUGUCUGCAUUCUCCCUCACAGGCUCACAAAUGAGAGGGAAAAUAAGCUACAAAGCUAAAAACUACAUGCCUGGGAAGAAGCUUUAAAGAAUUAGCUACAGUCAAACAAUGAUCCUUCCAUGACUCUCCAGAUUGACAACCACGCAUUCUCACAGAUCUCUAUAUUUCUUGAGCUUCAGUCAGUUUUUUACACUAACACCUGCCAGUCAUAAACCAGUCCAACUACAUCCUUGAUAGUUCUACUUACUGAAUUAUGUACUGUACACACUAACUACCAUCCACACAUAAUCCUCUUCUAGAUUAGUUUGCCUAGGCAUGCCUUCUUUCCUAAAUCCAGUCUUCCAACUGUUCCCCUGUUUGAGCUACAGGGAUACAGAAAUAACACAAGGUCUAUUUAUCCAUAAAAUUAUUUUCAUAUAUGCAUUAAUAUUUACAGAGAUAAAAGGACAUUUGUGAGAAGACUACAGGGAAUCCCUAGAAACAAUCUCUGUGAAAAUUAGAGUCAAAUAUCAUGGUUAGAUUAAAACAUUACCUGAAUAACUUCAGUGAUGUCAUAACAUCGAUUGUGAUAAAAAUAGCAGUGAGGAUAAUAAUUAUGUGCUCCAUUCAGAGUUACACACAAUCAGUACUCAAACUGAUGCAGAAUCUAUUUCCACAGAUCGUAGUUGAGCUCUUGCAUUAUAUCCACACUGUUUGGGAUCUCUGGAACCCAAGGUACAUACUACGCGUGUGUUAUUAAAGCAUUUGUCAUGCUUCUUGAAAUAAAAUUAUGCAGUCACUUUUCUU